UGAAAAUGAGGCGGACGCUCGGUCACGACUUCAGUGCGUACGCGUCCCUUUGAGAAGACCUCUAAACUUGGAUCAUAUCACCAUGGGAGCUAUUUGGGCUGCAAGGGACUUUUGUUUGUUUUUGCUCUUGUUAAAUAGUCGCCAAAGCACAGCGCUUCCAGAGAUUCGAGCAGAUCCAUGUGCUGAGGGAAGUGAUGGCUGUCACAUUGAUGCAAUUUGUCAGACUACCCAAGGCUCAUACAAGUGCACGUGUAAAGCAGGCUUUAAAGGAGAUGGAAAACACUGCGAAGACAUCGAUGAAUGCGACUUGGAGCACAAUGGUGGCUGCGUACACGAGUGCAACAAUAUACCAGGCAAUUAUCGCUGCACUUGUUAUGACGGAUUCAAUUUGGCACAUGAUGGACAUAACUGUCUCGAUGUGGAUGAAUGCAAGUUCAACAAUGGUGGGUGCCAACACACUUGUGUCAACAUUAUGGGCAGCUAUGAGUGCCGCUGCAAGGAGGGCUUCUUCCUCAGCGACAACCAGCACACAUGCAUCCACCGCUCUGUGGAGGGCCUCAACUGUAUGAAUAAGGAGCACGGCUGCGCCCACAUCUGCAAAGAGACACCCAAAGGAGGUGUGGCCUGUGAGUGUCGUCCAGGGUUCGAGCUGGCCAGGAACCAGAGAGGCUGCAUCUUAACUUGUAACCACGGCAACGGAGGCUGUCAGCACACCUGUGAAGACACGGAGAACGGCCCCAUAUGCAGGUGUCAUGUCAGGUACACCCUGCAACCUGACAAGAGGUCAUGUGUAGAACGAGAUGAGGCCACCACCGAGUCCUCAGACCACAACGCAACAUCCUUCACUGAGGUGGACAAACGAGUCAAACGAAGACUGUUAAUGGAAACCUGUGCGUUGAACAAUGGGGGGUGCGACUGCACCUGUAAAGACACAUCCACAGGCGUACGCUGCAGCUGCCCCGUCGGCUUCACGCUGCAGCCGGAUGGAAAAACAUGCAAAGAUAUCGAUGAGUGUGAGCUUCACAAUGGCGGUUGUGAACACUUCUGCAGGAACACCAUCGGCAGCUUUGAGUGCAACUGCAGAAAAGGCUUCAAGCUGCUGACAGAUGAACGUUCUUGUCAAGAUAUAGAUGAGUGCUUUUUUGAGCGGACAUGUGAUCACACUUGUGUGAACUCCCCUGGAGGUUUUCAGUGUCUGUGCAACAAAGGCUACACCAUGUAUGGACUGGCCCACUGCGGAGAUAUAAAUGAAUGCAGUGUAAACAAUGGCGGUUGCGAGCAGGGUUGUGAGAACACCAUGGGUGGAUUUGAAUGCUUUUGCCAUCCUGGCUAUAAGCUGCACUGGAACAAAAAGGACUGCAUUGAGGCUGAGGGUUUACCACCUGCAAACCCCCCCUCUAAACCUACCUUGAACUGUAGUAAGCAGGAGGGAGGGGACCGCUGCUUCCUGACAUGCCAGUCCCAAGUUCAUAUCAGCAGUGGGACAGAAGAUUCCUACACGGUGACCUGUGGAAUGCCUUUGCCCUGCCUGGCUGGCGCACAAAAGAACAACAGCGGCUUGUAUUGCUUAGGUCCAGAAACCGCUAGUGCUCCACGCAUUAAGACCACAGCCACGUUCAAGUCUGGCACCACAAAAUGCAACUUAAAACGAAGUCAGGAGAAACUCAAGGAGAGUUUAAACUCAGCACACUCAGAUAGCAGGUUCCUCUUCACUGAAAACGUCCAGUUCAGCUACGUGAGCCUGCGCUGCACCUCGUCCGGACAGCGAACGCGCAGCCGCCAUGGCAGGAAGGCCGGCGAGGAGGACGUCUCCUCGAUAACAGCUGAGUUUGAGCUGGAUGUGAACCUAGAGGAGGUAACAGCAGAGAGCUGUGACCUGAACUGCGUGCGCCGACGCUCAGAGAAGAGGCUCAGGAAGACCAUCCGGACCCUGAGGAAGUCCAUCAACCGGGAACAGUUCCACCUCCACUUUGCCGGUUCGGACUACGAGCUCGGCAAGAGUCUGGGCCAGCCGGCUGAGCUGCCGGGACACUGUGUGGCAGGACAGAUGCUGGUGGGCAGGAAAUGUGUGAGCUGCAGUGUCGGGACUUACUACGACGGGGAUCAGGGAAGGUGUGUGUUGUGUCCAGCUGGAACGUAUCAGGAUGAGGAAGGACAGAUGUCUUGUGAGGUCUGUCCUGGACCUGAAGGGAGAGAAGUCUCCAAGGUGGUCGGGGCUCGAAACAUAUCGGAGUGUGGAGGUCAGUGUCCACCCGGUCAGUACUCUCAUGAUGGUUUCAUCCCCUGCCUGCCCUGUCCACUGGGAACGUACCAGCCAGAGGUGGGGCGCACCUCCUGCUUCCCUUGUGGAGGGAACCUGGUGACCAAGCGCAGUGCUGCUGUUGCCUUCCAGGAGUGUGAGACCAAAGUCCAGUGCUCUCCAGGACAUUACUACAACACCAGCACACACCGCUGCAUCCGCUGUCCGACGGGCACGUAUCAAGGAGAGUUCGGGCAGAACUACUGCGUCGCCUGCCCUGGAAAUACCACCACUGACUUUGAUGGCUCCACUAACAUCAUGCAAUGCAAAAACCGACAGUGCGGAGGAGAGCUGGGAGAUUUCACUGGUUACAUUGAGUCCCCCAACUACCCGGGGAACUACCCAGCUAACGUCGAGUGCACAUGGACCAUAAACCCUCCACCCAAACGCAGGAUCCUUAUCGUCGUCCCUGAGAUCUACCUGCCUAUUGAGGACGAGUGCGGAGACUACCUAGUAAUGAGAAAAAGCUCUCUCUCCAACUCUGUGACAACCUAUGAGACUUGUCAGACAUACGAGCGUCCCAUCGCAUUCACCUCCCGCUCCAAGAGGCUUUGGAUACAGUUCAGGUCCAACGAGGGAAACAGUGGGAAAGGCUUCCAGGUCCCAUAUGUGACAUAUGAUGAGGACUACCAAGAACUAAUAGAAGACAUAGUCAGAGAUGGAAGAUUAUACGCUUCUGAGAAUCACCAGGAAAUUCUCAAGGACAAGAAACUCAUGAAGGCGUUGUUUGAUGUGCUGGCUCACCCGCAGAACUUCUUCAACUACACAGCGCAAGAAUCAAGAGAAAUGUUCCCCAAGUCUUUCAUCCGCUUCCUGCGUUCCAAAGUCCUGAGAUUCCUUCGCCCUUAGCAUGGUCUGGUUGCUGCACAGUUUCUGGAUACUUUCUGAACAACCUAGAUUAGAUACUGACCACAGUAUCUGUUUUAUCCACUGACCCCUUUAAGAAUAUUCUGUAGUUAUCUGUUUUCACAUGGAGCGAUACUAGAGUGGACUCCACUCUUGAUAAAACUGAUCCUGAAUAGAAAGUGGACAAGCAAAGCAAGUGGACUUUGAACUGGAGCUUUAAGAGGGAGCAAUGAUCUGUGAUAAAGCGGUACAGAGUGUAGACUCACAUGGGCAUCCUCAGACUUUGUUUGGAAAUUUGGAUUUCAAUUGGCAACAGAAGAAUUGUAAUGACUUUACACCCUGCUUCAGAGUUUAAGGUCACCAUCUCCAAAGGGCAGUCUGUGUAGUUGAAUAUUGCUAAAUACCAUACAUGCCAGCUUUAUGAGGCAUUUGCUAAUAGCAUCAUGAUUAAAACAAAUAUGUUCACCAAACAGAUAUAUACUGAAUGUCAAUGAUACUGUAUAUAGGGUGUGUAUCUAGUUUUAACAUAGGCUACUUUCACAGGUAGAGGUUAACUGACAGAACAAAUAUAGCACAAAUGUUUUCUCGGGAACAUUAGCACUACCAAAGGAGUAGUGGCACCACAAAAGCAAUUAUUCUGAUGAAUGUUUUGUAUAUGAUGUAAAAAGUUUUAGGUGAAACGUUAAUGUAUUGUAGCAACUACGUACAUUUUUGACAGUUUAGCAGUGCUGCAAUUGCUGGUGGCCCGUGUAUUUGAUGUUCCAACGUGAAUGAGCGCUACUCUUCUGAAAAACCUUCACAGUUUUCCAAAAAACUUUACAGUGGCUUUAGCGCAUUCAUGACACAUCAUCUGCUUCAGCAAAACGACCCCAGUAUGCAUCAAUACAUUGUGUAUUGUGAACUAGCAACCAAAGACAACUGUUCACUCUGCAGACACGCAGAGAAUUGGGAGUGAAGCGGUUUGAGAGACAGAACAAUAUGAGGUCAGAAAAGAAAUGAGAAGUCCUGUAAAAUAGAAUUGAGCUAUUCAGCUGUCUUAGAUGACACAUGUAUGUAUAUUUUUUAUGGUUUUGUACAUCUAAUAUACUGUAAAUAAAGAUAGGAAACUUAGUUUGUGUUUUUAUUCCUUUUUCACACUUUUUUUUCCCUUUUUGUAGCACAAAACAGGACUUUUUAAUUAUUUAAGCUGUGUUUCAGUCACAGACACACAUUUCAGUCACAGACACACAGCAAUACUACUCUAUUAGGCCAGAUAAAGUUUUGAUGUACUCAUCAGCAAGAUGGUAUUUAGACAUAAUACAUAACGCUCCACUUUUUACUUAGGUAUGAAAACCCACAAUGACGUGAACUGCUGUCUGGCUAUAGCUAAAUGUGUACAUGAGCAACUCAUUUUAGACAUGUAUGAUAGUCUUUUUGUAUCAUUUCCCAAUAAUGUGAUUGGGAAUCUUAGGAAAACACACUAUUUUUUGUAUAUACAUUUCAUUUAUGUUCACUGGUUUGGGGUAACUUUAUUUUUUAUUUGUAUACGUUGUUUCUGUACCUUGUUUCUACAUCCAGUAUUUCUCUGGUAUUUCUUGUUCUCCUGUAAUGCUUAAUAUCCCUCCUGGCCAUUAAUAAAGUUUAAUGUCCUUAC